AUGCAGCUUUGUCUGAAUGUACACAAAAACUCAAACAUGAUUACUUCUCGUCUCAAGUUGAUACUCGCUUUGUGUUUAACUGCUGCUUUAUGGGAACUCAGCCCGGCCACUGUCGUGGAAACCGCCACCACCGUCGGAAAUGCUUCCACUUUGCCGACAUCAUCAGGGCGUUUUCUUUUCUGGGAGACUUGCCAAGACCAGUGGAACGAAGAAAACAAGAUAACGGAAAAAUGCUGCAAGGGCAAUUACAAAUGCUCCGACAAGUUGUGCGAAGGGAAUGAGCUUUGCAAGUUUGCGUUUGGUUUUAUGAAGAAUACUUUAUGGUGCCACGUUCAAAAGUGCAAAAAGAUGGAGGGAGACAAGGAUGACGGCAAGGACAAGGACGAGGACAAGGAAGAGGACAAGGAAGAGGACGAGGACAAGGAAGAGGGUAAGGGCAAGGGCAAGGGCAAAGGCAAGGGCAAGGGCAAGGGUAAAGGCAAGGGUAAAGGCAAGGGUAAAGGCAAGGGGAAAGGCAAGGGUAAGGGGAAAGGAACGGGCAAGGAUAAGGAUUCCAAAGAAAAUGACAAGAGCGCUAAAGACGAAGAGGAUGAACCCAUGCCCUCUGUUGAGAUCGAUUCUAAGGACGGCGAUAGCGACUCAGGUGUUGACCAAGACGAAGGCAAUAAGGGCAAUGAUUCCACACCUGCACCAACUGCAUCACCAUCACCGUCUCCACAGAGUAGUGAUCCUCUGCAUUGCAACGGCAUUCGAAACCGCCGCGAAAUCCGAGAUAUGACAACCCAACAACGGCUGGAAUGGCAGGAGGCAAUCCUCGCCCUGCGCGCAGGCCGCGAUACAAGUGGGGAUAGUGAAUGGGACCGUCUUGUACGCCUGCACAUAAGUUUCGGGGAUGAAGCACAUGGUGGUGCCUACUUUCUCCCGUGGCACAGGCUAUUCUUGUUGCGUGUAGAGAAUGCUCUGCGCAAAAUUAAUCCGAGCAUUGCAAUUCCAUAUUGGGACUGGACUCAGGACGCUGAGGAUGCCGCUAGAUCUCCUGUGUGGGGUGCUGGAUAUGUCGGUGGAGCCCAGCGUGGCAAUCGACCCAUUCAGACUGGACCCUUCGCAAACAUAGAUGCCAAGCACCCGGUCGCACAUAUAGUGAGAAGAAAUUUUACUUCAGGCACUUCUCGUGAGAUGCCUUUGUUAUGGGGCAGGGAGCACUUAGAGCGACUGAUUAACGAGCCGCUGUGGAUGGACUUCGCGGAUGGCAUUGAGACUGCGCAUGCCCUGCCACAUAUCUAUGUCGGGGGCGAUAUGGGAAAUGCGCAUCAAGCACCGAAUGAUCCUGUUUUCCAUAUACAUCAUGCCUUUGUGGAUUCUCUUUGGCAGAUACGACAAAAGCAAGGGGAUCAAAGCCAGUUUAGUGGAACACAUGCUUUUAAUGACGGUGCUCGUGAUGCGUCUUCGACUCACAUAUUUGAUGCAUUCGGUGUUCCGGCAAGUGCAGCAAUUGAUCUGAGUUGCGUGAACUACGUCCUACCCAACAGACGAGGGAGAUCGAUUUCAGGACGCUCAACAAGAGGUACGCCGGAUAUGAACAUAUGCGAAAACCACGAUAACCUUAUCAAAAACCAGGAACGAUGCAGAAAUGGAGUUCACAUUUUGGAGCGUGAAGCUAAGGCGGCAUCAGCUGAAAAGGGUUCUUGA